AACGCAAGUCUGUGUUAAUCUCCUCUCCCGACGGUCGUCGUCCUCGUCCAGUGAAGGUCACGGUGGAAGGAAGCGGUCACUCAGAGCCCGGUCACUCCAUUCUGUUUGCUGGUUGCCGGUUGCAGACUCGGUGGGGAGGGGGAGGACCCCCGGGCGAAGAGCGGGGACGAGGGAGGAGGCGAAGCGGCCGCGCCGGGGGAUUGACCAGUGAUGGAUGGAAGUCACAUCAGUAUUUUGUUCCUGCUCUGUGUUCAUCCAACGUUAUCAGGGAGGAUCCGCAUUUUUGGUCCGAAGGUCGACCCGGUGGUCUCGGUGGGGAAAGAUGUUGUGCUGGAGUGCCAGACGGAACCAACAACAGCCCUGAGUAACUUGGAGGUCAGAUGGUUCAAAACCGACUUUUCGUCACCAGUGCAUCUGUACACCAAUGGACACGACCUGCUGACCGCUCAGGACAGUGCCUUUCAUGGCAGGACAGAGCUCUUUAACAAAGAGUUCUCCAUCGGAAAUGCCUCACUUAAAUUGAAGAACAUAAAUGCUUUCGAUGAUGGGGUGUACACCUGUUUCAUCGACUUCAAACAGGACUACGAAGAAGCCAAGAUCCGGCUGCAUGUGGGAGGGAUGGGUCGGCAGCCCUGGAUCCAGCUGGAAGGAGUCGGUCAGAAGGGCAUUCGAGUCGGAUGCAGGUCUGAUGGCUGGUACCCUGAGCCACACGUCCGGUGGAUGAGCGGGGACAGAGCAAACUUAACAGGACAAUCUGUGACAAUGGAGAAAGAUAAGACCACUGGCCUCUUUACUGUAUUGAACCAAGUUGAAGUAACAAGUGAUUCUGUGGACAGAUUUUCCUGCCUAAUGCAGAACAACGUAUUGAAGAAAGAGGAGGAGGCUCACUUUGAAAUAUCAGGUGUUUUUUUCCCCAAGACCAACAUAUGGAUGGUUGUUUUCUCGUUACUUUUUAUUCUCGUCAUCAUUGUGAUCAUUUGUCAAAUAUUUCACCACAGGAAAAAACAUCAAAAGGUUAAAGAACUGACGUUGUUUUGCAAAUUGGAAGGUUAUCAAGAUCAAAAAAUAAACGAAGUUUCCGUGACCCUGGACGAAAAAACCGCGCACCCAAAGCUGGAGUUGAAAAAUCUCACUCGUAUGCGGCUGACCGACAGCGAACCGAUCCGAAAGGAGAGCGGGGACUGCUUUAAAGAUCUGGAAUCAGUGCUGGGGUCAAACUCAUUCAGUGGGGGGCGACAUUACUGGGUGGUGGAGGUGGCCAUGAAUCAGGACUGGAGCCUGGGAGUGGUCUCCGAGUCGGCCGAGAGGAGAGAGAAGGUGGAGAUGCUGCCGGAGAAUAAAUUCUGGACCAUCCAACGCGUUGGGGCUGACUGUUACACCAACGACGACCCUCGCUCCGUCCUCAACGCCAAUCCCACCCCCGAGAAGGUGGGAGUUUACCUCAGUUACGAGUCCGGGAGAGUCUCGUUCUACAACGUGGCCACCAAGUCCCAUCUCCACUCCUUCACUGGGAAUAACUUCCAGGGGAAACUUUAUCCCUUCCUCCAGAGCGGAGACGUCGACAAGUGGGUGAAGGUUUCCGCUCGUUCCGUUCUAGAUCUGCACAAGGAGCCUCAAUCCCGGGCGUCGGGCAAGAGAAGGUUUCGGAAGCUGUGUGUUGGUUCACCCUACUGACAGCCGGUGAACGGGUCACUUUUCAUCCCAAAUAUCGCACUGAAAAAUAUUGAGAAAC